AUGACGAAGGAGGAGGACAAAGACCGCGACGAUGAGGAUGAAGACGGCAAGGAGGACGAAGAUAAUGGUGAUGGUGAACGUAAGCGUCUUCGGCUCUUUCUCACGUGCUCCAUUCUGUUAAGACGCAGCACAGACUGACAUAGAAUGUUUGGAUAUCUAGCACGAAGGUCAAGGAAAAGGGGACGAGAUGGAUCAACCCGAGUCUCGCGUUCCCAAUUCUUUGCGUACUACUUGCACGAACGCGACGACUACUUCUCAAUACCUCAUUGCACCCAGCGUCUCUUCCUCGAGUUCGUGAUCGACGGAUACCCCCAAGUCGAGAUCGAUCGACUCAAGUACAUCCGGUUGCAUCAAGAAAACCUGCGCCUCACCAUGGCCCAGGCCCAAGGCAUCACCGACGCUGUUGCCAACGGCUUGACCCCGGAUCAAAUCGGAUGUUCGGUGAUUUUGGGCUCGACAUUCAAGAACAGCCCCGCGCGAGAUCACGCAGCGUUACCAAUAUGCAAUGGCGUGCGUUGUUAAACAUGGCAAUUCUUCGCUGUUCAUCACGGUGACUGACAACCCCGGAAAUCAAGGCUGCACGGGGGCUGAACGACAUAUCAUGCAACCGUCUGGAUCUCAUUGCACAAGCAUUUGACGCAAAGUUGAGCCGACUCUGCGACAACGUGUUGGGCAACAAGCAUCGGGCAGGCUGUUUCGGUGUCGUUCUGACGCAUACACACGUGAUCGGGUAUUACAAGCGGGGCCAUCCGCAUGCGCGCAUCCUCUUCAUCCUCGCGCCCGACGAUUACCCUUUGUCGACGGAAGCGAUCGACAAGAUGAUCUCGGCAGAGAUACCCAAUCCUUCGCGCCAUCCUGAACUCCACGAGGCCGUCACAAAGCACGUGCUGCAUGGAAAGUGAGGCGAAAACAUCCUGGCUCCGCAUAACACAACGGUCGAUCGCAUCAAUGCCAACCUGCUCGAAGAGUUCGAUGGCGACUACGUCGAGUAUCGCAGCGCAGACGAGGUCGUCGAGGUAAGCGAAAGUGGGGGAAUGGCGCCAGAUCUGAUUUCGCCAGAGUACUGCAUUCAGUCAACCCGUCCAACUUCCCCGCGCAUCAGUUGCGCGUCGCAAUCUCGACCCAGACGCAGGUCUCUGCAACGGUACCCGCGGUACCCGCCUUAUCCUUAUCGUCUCCCACGCAGGAUCGCGAGUCAUUCAAGCCGUCAUCUUGAUCGGAGAUCGAGCGGGUACCAUGCUUUGCAUCCCUCGCGUGCGACUUGAGGCGAGUGCGACUAGCAGUCGCCAACUUGGUUUCACUAUGCGCCGGCUCCAAUUCCCGCUCCGAGUUGCCUUGGCCAAGACAAUCAACAUAACUCAAGGUCAAUCACUCGAACGUGAUGGCGUCACUCUCUCCCUGCAUCCCGUGUUCACUCAUGGGCAGCUGUAUGUGACAUUGUAUCGAGCCAUGGGUGUUGAUCGAAUCAAGGUGCUUCUCCCCUCUCGCGACCCCGCCGAUGAUGACGACAACCUACAAGCCGUCGAUCGAGCGGCAGCCGCACCCACCGCAACCCCAAACCCAAUAUUCCGCUUUGUUCUCAGGGCGAUGAAGAAUAG